CCCAAAAUGGCGGCGGCGGCGGCAGUCGGAGGCAGGGCUGGGGGUGACUGAAUGGGCACGUGCGAGUUUUUCGUUUCUCAUUUCCCUUUCCCAAUAAAUGUGGGUGCCCGGAGGUAACCAGGGGUGCUAAACAGUAACUAUUUUUGGUGAUAACAUUUUGGGAAGAAAAAAUGACAUCAAUUAUCAAGCUAACAACCCUCUCAGGGGUUCAGGAAGAAUCUGCUCUCUGCUACUUACUCCAGGUAGAUGAGUUUCGCUUUUUGUUGGAUUGUGGCUGGGAUGAGAAUUUUUCUAUGGACAUCAUUGAUUCCCUGAGGAAACAUGUUCACCAGGUUGAUGCAGUACUUCUUUCACAUCCUGAUCCUCUGCACUUAGGUGCUCUCCCAUAUGCAGUAGGAAAGAUGGGGUUGAACUGUGCUAUUUAUGCAACUAUUCCUGUAUACAAAAUGGGUCAGAUGUUCAUGUAUGACCUUUACCAGUCACGCCAUAAUACCGAAGACUUCACCUUGUUCACUUUGGAUGAUGUGGAUGCAGCUUUUGAUAAAAUACAACAACUAAAAUUUUCUCAGAUUGUCAAUUUGAAAGGUAAAGGGCAUGGUUUGUCCAUCACUCCACUACCAGCAGGCCACAUGAUAGGAGGUACAAUAUGGAAAAUAGUUAAAGAUGGAGAAGAGGAAAUAGUUUAUGCAGUUGAUUUCAACCACAAGAGGGAGAUUCAUUUAAAUGGAUGUUCCUUGGAAAUGUUAAGUAGACCGUCUUUGCUCAUCACUGAUUCGUUCAAUGCUACUUAUGUACAGCCAAGGCGGAAACAAAGAGAUGAGCAACUGCUAACAAAUAUUUUGGAAACGUUGAGGGGUGAUGGAAAUGUCCUAAUAGCUGUGGACACUGCAGGGAGAGUUUUGGAACUUGCCCAAUUGCUUGAUCAAAUAUGGAGAACAAAAGACGCUGGUUUAGGAGUUUAUUCCUUGGCACUUUUAAACAAUGUCAGCUACAACGUUGUGGAGUUUUCAAAAUCUCAGGUGGAAUGGAUGAGUGACAAGCUAAUGAGGUGCUUUGAAGAUAAGAGAAACAAUCCUUUCCAGUUUCGUCAUCUGUCUCUUUGUCAUGGACUUUCAGAUUUGGCUCGUGUUCCUAGUCCCAAAGUUGUUCUUGCUAGCCAGCCAGAUCUGGACUGCGGAUUUUCAAGAGAUCUCUUUAUACAAUGGUGUCAGGAUCCCAAAAACUCUAUUAUUUUGACAUACAGAACAACUCCUGGAACACUAGCACGGUUUUUAAUAGAUAAUGCUUCUGAAAAAGUUAUAGACAUAGAGCUCAGGAAACGUGUAAAACUUGAAGGAAAAGAACUUGAGGAAUACCUGGAAAAAGAAAAAAUUAAAAAAGAGGCAGCAAAAAAGUUAGAGCAGUCAAAAGAAGCAGAUAUAGAUUCCAGUGAUGAGAGUGAUGCUGAAGAAGAUAUUGAUCAACCAUCUGUUCAUAAGACCAAACAUGAUCUCAUGAUGAAAGGUGAAGGGAAUCGAAAAGGAAGCUUCUUCAAACAAGCCAAAAAAUCUUAUCCUAUGUUUCCUGCUCCAGAGGAAAGAAUUAAAUGGGAUGAAUAUGGAGAAAUUAUCAAACCUGAGGAUUUCCUCGUUCCAGAACUUCAGGCCACAGAAGAAGAAAAGAACAAAUUAGAAUCUGGCCUUACAAAUGGAGAAGAACCUAUGGAUCAAGAUUUAUCAGAUGUUCCUACUAAAUGCAUUUCAGCAAUGGAAUCAAUGGAAAUUAAAGCUCGAGUUACAUACAUAGAUUAUGAAGGCCGCUCUGAUGGAGACUCCAUUAAAAAAAUUAUUAAUCAAAUGAAGCCACGGCAAUUGAUUAUUGUCCAUGGACCUCCUGAGGCCAGUCAAGAUCUCACUGAAUCUUGUAGAGCUUUUGGGGGGAAAGACAUUAAAGUUUACAUGCCCAAACUGCAUGAAACCGUAGAUGCAACUAGUGAGACUCACAUAUAUCAAGUUAGGUUAAAAGACUCCCUAGUAAGUUCCCUUCAGUUUUGUAAAGCUAAAGAUGCAGAACUUGCAUGGAUAGAUGGAGUUCUGGACAUGCGAGUAUCAAAAGUAGACACAGGGGUAAUUUUGGAAGAAGGGGAACUGAGAGAUGAUGGUGAGGACACUGAAAUGCAAGUAGAUGCACCCUCUUCAGAUUCCAGUGCUGUGGCACAGCAAAAGGCCAUUAAAAGUCUCUUCGGUGAUGAUGACAAAGAAAUCUGUGAAGAGAGUGAAAUUAUUCCUACUUUGGAACCCUUACCACCCAAUGAGGUUCCUGGACAUCAGUCAGUCUUCAUGAAUGAGCCAAGAUUGUCUGAUUUUAAGCAAGUUCUGUUGCGAGAAGGAGUUCAAGCUGAAUUUGUGGGAGGAGUUCUAGUGUGUAAUAACCUGGUCGCUGUUCGCAGGACUGAAACUGGACGUAUUGGAUUGGAAGGUUGUCUCUGUGAAGAUUUCUAUAAAAUUAGAGACCUUUUAUACGAACAGUAUGCUAUUGUCUAAGGAGAAGUGUAAAUAUAUAUAUGGACUUGUUUUAUUUUUAUCAGAUUCUUUUACAGAAUGCAUAAGAAUAAUUCGCCAUUACUAAACCUUUCUAGUUAAUGACCCAGUGUUGAUACAGUCCAAGAAAGUUUACUUUAUAUAAAUAUCCUGUAUAUUUUGCUGGUUAUAUUUUUCAUAAUAAUACAACUUUUCACGGUGUAGCUUUUCAACUUGCAUAUAGAUCGUUUUACAGAACUUUUUGAGAUCUGAUCUUGACAAAUUUGCAUUUAGUCUCUUGAAAGCAAUGGGAUUUGGCAUGAUUAACAUUUCCAUUAAUUUCAGUGGGAAGUAAAGGUAAUUAAGUUAGCAUGAAUGUAACCUAUUAAGGUUAUGUUUAAAAAAUAUAAAAUAAUUAUAUGUUAAAAAUGUCUGAUUUGCAACUAAAUUGUUUAUGUCCAUCCUUUGAUUUUUGUAGCAAAUUGUACAUUUUUGUUUUGAUAAAAGCAAAGUGAAUAUUCAUUGAGAAUCAAUCUGUUUCUUCAGAGUAGUUCCUCUCUCACCAUCCUCUAAAGCUCUACUCUUUUAACUGAUUUUUCUUAAUAAUUUGUCUAUUUAGAACAAUAUAAAGGAAGCAGAAAAAAAGGCAAAAAGUUCCUAAUGGAGCAAAAUUCCUACAGCUAUAUAAUGAAUGGUCUCUAAAGCGGUCUUAUUACUACAGUAAAAAAGCUAGUACAAUGACUUUAAAAUACAGCUAUUACUGUUUCCAAAAUAUAUACUGGAACUUGGUAAAAUGACAUAUUUUUAGAAGGUACCUAUGUUAACAGAUAGCUGCUUCAAUUAGCAGAAGAACAGCUUCCAAUAUAGGGGGGAAUAAUUACAAAUCCAACAAGGUUUUUAUAUUUGCUUGGAAGUUUGUGAGAAACCCUUUUCUAAUCUUAGAAUGAGACUUCACUGAACAACUAAUGUAGCUUUGUCUUCUUGUAGUUUUUGGAAUCCAUGUCAUAGAAUUCAAUUUUUCAAAGGUAUUCAUAUCAUUUUAGCCAUUUGUGACAUAAAAUUGCCAGAUUUAAAAAUGCUGAAUGUUUAAACAUUUCAUGCAAAAUUCUUUGUCAUGAUUCCAAGUAACACCCCCUACCCAAAAGAAAGUCCUACUCCAGCACCCACAUUUCAAUCACAUGGUCCAAUCAAUGCACCGUCCCAACUGGAGAUUCUUCCCAGUCAUACCACUCCAGGUGCAGGGCAAGAUGUCCUUGACUCUCAGAAAAAAGAAUGUUAUUAUGGUUACAUAUCCUCCCAACUCCAUACAAUCCCCCCUCCCAAUUUCUCACAGCACUAAAUGUGGCAUCCCUGAAGAUCCAAAGUAAAACAUGGCUUCCAGGACUGACAGUCUUUUUAUAAUGCUAUUUGUCAAAUUUCUUGAUUCUGAUCAGAUUGCAUUUCAAAAUGCUUCAAGAGUAUAAUGGCUUAUUUAGUUAUAUUAAUAGAAUAUACAUCAAUAAAAAUUAUACCUUUAUAGCACAUGCUUGGCUCUUAAAUUUAUUUCCCUUUUUUUGGGUAGUAUUUAACUCGGCUGUCAAAUCUGGUAUAGUAUCUUUAUCAGGAUCCAUCUGAAAAUAAUUCAAGUUCAGUUAUAUUGUAGUAUUGGAUACCCCUGCAGUCUUUCUCACUGUUUCUAUCGCAUCCCUUAAAAUACUUUGUUCUUUAAAAUUAGAAUUAAAUCCUGAAUAAAAUUAAAUGCUGAAUUAAUAUAAUCUGAACAUUAUAGGAACAUAGUUUCUGACAGCUAAAUUGAAGCAUGCAUACAUUCACAGGCACACACUGAUAAAAUAUGUUCUCCAGAGAUACUACAUGUUGCUUUAUUUUCAGUUGUAAAGAAGUUUUUAAAUAUAUGAUAAGUUGUUAAAUAUAGAUUGGGAAAUGAUUACAUUUAGUACUGAAUUUCAAUUAAAUUUGGAAGUUUGCUUCAAGGAUUUUCUGACAAUUGAAAAGUGACUCUAGACAGCAAAAUAUGUAAUAAUGCUGCAAUCCCACCUUCAGUUAUUUGUAUAAAAGUCCACAAAUAAACUGAUACAAUGUUGCUCCUUUGAAUAAUUGUGAAACAAAAUUUAGUUCUUCAGACCAUCUCUUCUGGUAUUGGUAAAGCUGUGCUUGGUGUCACAGUUCAAGACAGAAUUCUGUGCUUCUUGCUAGGGUGACUCUUGCUUUAAUCUCUGUGAGUACUAAGUAGAUAUCCUGAUCCCAGGUUUAAUCAGCUACUUAUGCAGGUUAAGAAAUGUUAUUAGCUUGAGCUACUUUCACAGUUGCGGUUGCAGAAGGAAGAAAUCUUUUUUGACUGAAAGGAAGAUAUCCUGCAAUCAAUUUCCAGUACACAGAUUUUUCAUGUAAUUUUAACAUUGAUGUUGGAAGUAGCUUAAUGCAAGUAAUAGACAGAACAUGAACACAUGAAAUUCUUUCUAUAUCCCUUAUACAAAGAGUAUAAGCCUGAGACUCCAGUAUGAUAUAUGCCUCUAAAAGCUUUGGAAUGAUUCUCUCCAAAAUUUAUACAAAUUAUAAUUUUUAAAACGAUAGAAGGGGAAAAUUAAAUAUGUGAGAUGAGAGUCAUCUUACCAGCAAAAUUUAAAUUUUAAUUAAAUAUAAAUGUAAAUCAAUUUACUUUUUAAUUUCAAUCAUUUUUUGGACUAUAGUCUGUCAGUUUUGGAAGCCAUACUAGGCCGGAAGCUUCCGUGCUGCCACUUUCUCAUAUGUGGGAAAGUAGGAGGGGGGAUUUAGUAGAGGGGCCCAUUAGACACAAUAACCUUCCUGCCGGUCAAGGUCAGGCCGGUCCUGCAGCUGGAGAAGGAGUGGUUGGAGUGAUGUAUCGAGGUGGGACGGUUGGCGAUUGGAGCAUGUGAUUGGCAGAGGAAUUAGGGGUUGGUUUUGGAGUUUUGAUUUAGUGAGGGAAAACCCAGAUCUCUCAGAUUCAGAUUUUCCCAGAUGUGCCAGUUUACCUAUCCUAGUAAAAGAACUUUGAAAGAUGCCUGCUUCAGAGUUUUUACUUGGGGAGGGGAUUUUCUGGAACGAUGACAUUGUCCCUGGAAUCCACUCAAUAGUUAAAAGUCGCCUCGGUCUGGAAAAAGUUACCAAUCUUUACAUAAAUUAUUGCUCAUACUGCUAUAAAGAGCCAAGGAAUUACUAAAAUUCUCCCCAAGACUACCAGUACAUUUUACUUCAUAGGUACUUGUACAAUGCCUAUAUAUUGUAAGGCAGUAGCCCCCAAGCUUUUGGGCACCAGGGACUGGUUCCAUGGAGAUUGAUUUUCCUGCGGACCAGAGGGGGUGUGGUUUCACAUGCUGCCUGCAUCCUGCCAAUGGGGUUUUGCUUGUUUGUGCGGCCAGUUUCUAGCAUGCUGCAGACCGGUGCCGGUUCACAGACUGGGAGUUCAGGACUUCUGGUGUAAGACAUCUUGUUUUAGGCCUGUGAUUGAUUAUGCUGUUGUUUCCUCAUAAUGCUACAAAUUUGUGUGAGGAGAAACUAGAGAAGUAAUGAAUAUGAUUAUUUCAGAUUAGAUUUAUAAUAUUCAGAUUUAGAAUUUAUCAGAACUCUAAUUUAAACAAAAUAUAAUUAACACUGGAGAUACAGGAUGCCAUCUGUUUUAUAGAAAAAGUUAAUUAUUGUAGACUGUCCUAGUUUGGCUUGAGCAAAAAAACUUGGACAGAGAGAUUCCAUCAGCUUAAGUAAGUAUAGUAUAGGAAGCUGUUCUAUGACAGCUAUUUCUAGUUCAUUUAAUCUUUGAUAUUUUAUGGAGAAAGGUUUUUUUCUAUAUUCUGUUGACAAAGUCAACUAGUUUUCUUUGGGGCAAUGUAUAGAAAUUAAAUUCAUACAACUAAGUUUAACUGCAGCUUUUUGUGAACUGUGAGGAUUUUAAAUAGCAUAGAGCUCUUACACUUGCAAGAGAUGAAAAGCUGAAUUUCAGAAAAACAUACUAAUUUAAGCUUAAUUCUUGAAAAUCCACCAAAAUAUUUAAAAUCUUUUAUUCCAGCUUCUCACUAGACUUGUGUAAAAAGAUUUCUUCUUCCUAUCUUCUUCCCAACCAGAGUUGCUUUGCAAAGUAAAAUAUGUGGCAUAUAAAUUUAAUAAAUUAAUUUAUACCUGCCGUUACCUUUCCUCUGCAUUUAGCACUGCCUAUUACUGAGAAUAGUUUAGAAUUAAUGUCAGAAUGUGAAAAUCAUUCAAUUCUGCAGAUGAUUUUGAUAUCUAUCACUGUUGAUAUUGUGGCUGCUAUUUUCUUAUUCCCUUUUUCAAAAGUCUCCAGAAUUUUCAUAGUUAUGUUUUGCAAUACUUUACAAGCUUGUAAAUUUUUCCUCUAUCUAAAAUCUUUGGUCCCCUCUAGUGUCCAGUUUUUGAAUUUGCAUAUCUUUGUUUUGUGUUAAAAAACAAACAAACAAACAAAAUCUAUUUCCCAUGAGAAGUUGUUUAUAACUAUUUCCAAAAUCGUAUUUCAGAAGUUUCAGUAUUUCAAAUUUAUCUGGAUGCUUAGUCCAUUUAUAAUUUUCUAACAUCAAAAUCUUAUUUAGCUUUUUGCCAUUUCAGAUCCUUUACAUUCUUAGCCUUAUGAUUAUGAAGUCUCAUUUCUCAGUGACUUUAAAAUAUGUCUCCUGGGAUAUGGUUUGACUAACAGAAAAAAGUGGAAGUAUUGCUUCUUAUAAUUGAAGCACUAAUAUAGCCUAACGUACCAUUAACCUCUUUAGCAACUGCCCUGUACUGGCAAUUCAGAUUUGAGUUAUAAUACAUUGAAAUACUUAAGUCCUCUUGUUCAUGUAACAUUCUCAAUAGAGACCAUAUAUUAUAAUGAUGCCCACUUUUUAAGGAUAACAAUACAAGGCUACAUUCAUCCUUACUAAAUACUUGAAGGGAUAUUUUUUCUUAAAGCACUUCUGUCUGUCUGUUAAUCCUCUUAAUUUCCUAGGUGCCUGGCUUCUAAAAGAAGAACAUCUGAAUAUUGUAUUUCUAUUGUGAAGCAAUAUCAUAUUAAAGGCUUCUUUGUGUUA